GGAAGUUUGAAAAAGCAUGUAAGGAUGGUAUCUUUCCUCACCUUCUCUCUCUCAACUGUGAAAAAGAUUGAAAUACUCUCUUUAGAGAGAGAGAGAGAGAGAGAGGAGAGUGGCCUGUGUGACAAAAGUUCGAUUCUUUGAUAGUUCACUUUUGAAUCGACUAAUGGUUUCUUUGGCUUUGUCCCAAAUAUCUACAAUUUAUAAAGAUGCAGCUGGAAUCGCCGGGAACAUCUUUGCUUUUGGACUGUUUGUAUCACCAAUGCCAACAUUUAGGAGAAUUAUCAGAAACAAGUCGACAGAACAGUUCUCAGGGUUGCCAUACAUAUAUGCCCUCUUAAAUUGCAUGUUAAGUGCCUGGUACGGCACGCCACUCAUAUCUUCUGAUAAUGUAUUGGUUAUGACAGUCAAUUUAAUCGGUGCAGUUUUCCAACUUACCUACAUAACCCUGUUCAUAACAUUCACCGAGAAAGCAAAAAAGCUGAGCAUGUUUGGGUUGCUGCUGGCAGUUUUUGGACUAUUUGCAAUUGUGGUAGCCGGGAGCUUGCAUAUAAGUGAUCUUUCUGCACGACGCAUCUGCAUUGGGUUUCUAAGUGGUGCUGCUCUUAUAUCAAUGUUUGCUUCACCGUUGUUGAUAAUCAAAUUGGUGAUCCGGACAAGAAGUGUUGAAUUCAUGCCAUUUUAUCUUUCCCUUUCGACGUUCUUGAUGAGCACAGCUUUCUUCUUGUAUGGAAUUUUCAAUUUCGAUCCCUUCAUAUACGUCCCAAAUGGAAUAGGAGCCAUUCUAGGGAUAGUACAAUUGGCAUUGUUCUUUUACUACAAAAAUACAUCUGGAGAAGCCUCCAGAGAACCCUUGCUAGUAACUUACACUUGAAAUGGAAUGUUUGCUUGGCAAAGGUGUACUCGUCAAAUAUGCUGGUGAAUUUACUUGAUAUAUGUACAUUUGUUCAGACAUUCAAUGUCUGAGUGAAGCUCCUACUUGCUGGAAAAUGGCAUUCCAUAUACAAUAGAGGUGGAGGAUUUACAUUAUUCUGACAAAAAGGACAUAAUUAUUGUUAACUAGUUCUUGAAAACUUCUCAAAUCUCUCUCCCGAAGAAGAGGGCAAAAGCAACAUCCGUUUGGUUACCCAGAAAAUGGAGGAAAAGCAAAUAACUCAGAACCAUACAGCUUUCAUAGUUUUGGCUGCUGAGAAUAUGAACAUCAAACUUUCCUGAGCUUUGUACAAAUGGGAUACAUUGAGGCCAAGUUUGGGAAGACUAAAUAAGUGCACUUUUUGUCUUUUUAGACUAAAAAGUUGAGGUUGAAAAUAUGAA